GAAUUUUUAAAUAAAUACACAGACUAUAAACGGCAUCGAAAAUCGUGCAAAGUUUCAUUCAAGAAUCGAAUGUUUGUGCUCGACACGGCUCACGCUCCUUAACUGGUUGUUUAUACUUUCAUGUUCUGAUUCGUAUUGGCGGGCAUUCAUUUGCAACGCCAACAAAAUUCAUUAACAAUUCGGGGCGUAAACAGUAUACCAGUUGCCAUGCCGACUAUACGGCGCUGCUGCAUCAUUGGAUGCUUGUCGAAUUCGAGGCAGCACCCAAACAUGCAGUUCUUUGCCUUUCCACGGCCUGACAAUCCCUUUCAUAAGCUGUGGAAGGAGGCGUGCCAUGCCUCAUUGCGGCGCAUCAUUCCGUUCAAGAAGCCGGUUGUGUGCGCGUUGCACUUUGAUCCCAGUGUGCUUGGCGGCCGACGACUGCAGUCAAAUGCUUUGCCCACUUUGCGCUUGGAGGUGCCCUCCAAUUUGGAGGCCGUAGAGCAGCAGGCCAUGGUGGAAGAGAUUGAGCGCAGUCGCAAAUGCGCCUAUAUCAAUGCCGUCGUCUAUGAGUGGCUGGUGCGGGCCAAUAUAAAUCCACAGCUGAGAGGCAGCAUAACCCAUGGCAUGAUCAAGGACAAGGCAGAGAAUGCGCGCCAGGUGAUUGGCAGCACAUCGUUCAUAGCGGACAAUCGUUGGCUGAAUCGCUUCCGCGAGACACAUUUGCAGGGCUUUGCCCAGAAACUGGCCACCAAUCAGCUAAAACCGAUGGGCACAUCGCUGUGGAUACCGGACAUUGUGCAGGAUUUGCAGCAUUUGUUUCCGCCGGCCAGUGCAGAGCGUGUUGCCAAGUUGGAGGAGAUGCCAGAGCAGUACAUGAACUACAUGCAACAGUAUGGCGAAUAUGAGGAGGACGAGGAUAGCAUGGACAACAAGGAGCAAAGCUAUCAGGAGCAACAGCAACAGCAGCAUUUCGCGCUGCAGCAACAGCACCUCCAGCAGCAACAACAUCAUCAGCAGCCUCAAAUGAAUCAAGCCUGGCCGCCCUUCCCCGGCCAUCCACACGGUCAUCCACAUCCGCAUCCCGGCUUCAGCUUUAAUGACUAUUACUUUGAGCGCCAUCAGCAGCAACUGCAACAGCAAAUGCAGCAGCAACAGUUGCAGGGACAGUUCCCACCGCCACAUGUGGUGCCGCCACCACCAGGUGCUCACCCGCCGCGUGAGCCUUUCCAGCCACAAUUGCCCCCAAAUCAGUCGCAGCAUCGUGUCAGUCCCUUCCAGCCAGUUCAGUUGGCCAAGCGUCCCAAAUUGGAGUCCCCAGCUGAUGAUGAAGUACAAGAGAUCAAUGCUUCGGCUGCCGCACGUGGAUCGCCAUUGCCACUGCCUCUGGCCGAAUCCACAGCCACCACACUGCUGGCCCAGCAUUCUCCCAGUCCCAAGGAACAGAACAAUAACAGUGGACGCGAUAGCGCCAGCAGCAAGGAGAAUGCCCCUAAGACUCUGACUGACUGCCACAGUGGAAAGUCGACACCUGUGCACUCAAUCAAGGGCAGCAGCCCACCCGCAACUGUAUCCGCACCAGCUUCGCCAAAGAAGCUGGGCGGAAGUGCCGGCAGUCAAACAAAUGGUCACAACUCACCGGAGCCGGACUCAAGCUCCUUGACAAAUGUGUUCAAGGAACUGGAUAGCUAUACUCAAGCAUUGGAGUACCUAAAGCCUCUAGAGGAUUUUGUGCUCGUCAAGGAGAAUUUCCGUGCCAUUGGGCUGCUGUCGCAGCUGGAGCUGGUGCUACGCAAGUGUGACAAGGCCACUCUUAUAGAGGGUUAAAUUCUGCUCAAAAUAUACAAACAAAAACACAGAAUAUACAGAAAUGUGAUGAACAAUGUACAUACAUAUUCAUAAAGUAGUUAAUUAAUGAA